AUAAAAUAAAAUUGAAAUGCAAAUCAAAAUCAAAAUCAAAAUCAAAAUCAAAAUCAAAAUCAAAAUAUGAAAUGAAAGAAUACCGGUUCACACAUUAAGGAAGGGGGAAAAAAAGUGAUUGGGAGAUCCGAGUAGUUUUGUGUAUGGAAGAAAUUUGAUUAGAGGUAAACACAAUGACUUACAGUCUCAACGGCGUCGUUCCCUCUUUGGGUGCUCGUACCGGUCGGAGCAUCGCCUUUGGCCGCUUCAUUGUCUCUCCUUUCGAUCCGCGCCAUAGAGCAUGGGAAGACUUUCUAGUAUUAUUGGUAUUCUAUACAGCAUGGGCAUCUCCAUUCGAAUUUGGUUUCCUAAGAAAACCAUCAAUUACAGGCCUUGCUAUUGCUGAUAACAUUGUCAAUGGAUUUUUCGCCAUUGAUAUCAUUUUGACCUUCUUUGUCGCUUAUCAUGAUAAAGAAACUUCCCUUCCAGUCGAGGAGAAAAAGAAGAUCGCGUGGAGGUACAUAAGAACUUGGUUUGUUCUCGAUUUCGUGUCGACAAUUCCUUAUGAGCUUGUAGUGAUCAUUCUCCCGGACAACAUCCAUGCCUAUGGACUUAACACUGUGCUCCGUCUUUGGCGCCUCAGUAAAGUCAAUAGAAUGUUUUCCAGAUUGGAGAAAGAUCGAAAGAUCAACUAUUUUUUCAUUCGAAUAUGUAAACUGAUUUGUGUGACAGUUUUCGUGGUACAUUUUGCUGCCUGUUUUUACUACCUCCUAGCUGUCAAUUACCCUAAUCCGAAAAAGACUUGGAUUGCUCUUUCAAUGGAAAACCUCGAGACUAAGAAUCUAGGGCAUUUGUAUGUAGUAUCCAUGUACUGGUCAAUGAGUACACUCACGAAAGUUGGCUAUGGUGAUUUUCAUCCUGUGAACGUAAGGGAGAUGAUCUUUGUCUUCUUUUACACGCUCUUCAGUCUUGGACUGUUUGCAUAUUGGAUAGCAAUUAUGACAAGCUUCGUGGGUGAUCGGAUCAACAGAGAUAUGAAUUUCAGAAACGAACUUCAAGCUGUUACAAAAUUUGCUGAAAGGAAUAGGCUUCCUGUUCGCCUCCAAGAUCAAAUGAUUAGUCACUUGUGUUUGAAGUACAGAGUUGAUUCAGAAGGGUUGCAGCAACAAGAGGUUCUUGAAUCCCUGCCUAAGGCAAUUAAAUCAAGUAUUUCACAUUAUCUCUUCUAUUCACUACUUGAUAAGGUGUACCUGUUUCGCGGUGUAUCAAAUGAUCUACUUUUCCAACUGGUUCCGGAGAUGGAAGCGGAGUACUUCUCUCCCAAUGAAGAUGUGAUUUUGCAAAGUGAAGUACCCACAUUUCUAUAUGUCCUAGUCCAUGGUGAAAUGGAGUUAAUCGUCCACAGAAAUGGAGUAGAAGAGGUUGUUAAAGAGGUUAAAUCAGGAGAUAUUUGCGGGGAGAUAGGUGUGCUUUGCUAUCGACCACAGCUGUGUACUGUUCGUACCAAGAGACUGUGCCAGCUAUUGCGUCUGGACCGUACAGUCCUUUUGAAUCUUGUUAAGGCAAAUGCUGCAGAUGGAGCAAUUAUCAUGAAUAAUCUAUUAGAGUAUUUGAGUCAACAGGGUGGUCCCUUCAUGCAAUCUACUGUCAGUGACAUCGAGAAAAUGAUAAGUCAAGGUCAAACAGGUUUGCCUCUUGGCUUAUGCUUUGCAGCUGCAAGAGGGGAUGAGUUGUUGUUGCAAUUCUUACUGAGACAAGGCUCCAAUCCAAAUGAGACGAGCACGAAAGACCGCACUGCUCUGCACAUUGUAGCUGCCAACGGAAAUGAAAAAUGUGUUGCUCUCUUAUUGAAAUUUGGGGCAGAUCCAAAUGUCAAAGAUUCAGACGGGAACGUUCCAUUAUGGGAUACAAUCAUGGGGAAGCAUCCGGAGACUAUGAUCGAGUUACUCAUAGACCAUGGUGCUACUCUAGAUUCUGACGAGGUACCUCAAUAUGCUUGCUAUGCCAUAGAACAAGAUAACCUAAAGCUGCUACAGGAUAUUGUCAAGUAUGGUGGAGAUGUAACAUUGCCCAAAAGCGAUGGAAUUACACCACUUCAGGCUGCAGUUACCAGUGGAAACGCCGCUAUUGUUAGGUUCUUGUUGGAGCAAGGUGAAUCAUCUGCUGUUCACAGUAGUACAAAAUGCCUGUAGUUUGGAAAGCAUUCUGCUGGAGUAACACUUGGAUGCCACAGAAAGAGUGAGGUUUUGAAGCUUGUCAGGUUGCCCAACACAAUUGAAGAACCACUUGAAAUUGGUGGCAAAGAAUUUGGAUGUUAUUGCAAUAAACUAGUCUCUGCACACGGAGCUGAAAUUGAUGAGAUCGAACUCAUUAGAGACGGCGAUCAACUUUCUCUACUAUGUGACAACAAAAACAAUGUGAUCCCAAGCUAGUACUAAUCAAUGCAUGUUCCACUAAUUAAGAAACUUUCUGAGCUUUAAUAUGUGUAUAUUUUUAUUUUUUUUUGAAUGGAAUGUACUCCAUAUAUAUCAUUAUUUGAAAUCUUUAGGAAAUUGGUGCCCGUCAUUCUCCGUGUAUAUAUGUACGAGGAACUUGAUUAGUUUGUUGGAUUGUGCUCAGUUGUGAUUUCUAUUAGUGAAUCGGCUUCCUUUUAUAGUAAGGUGAAAUUUAAAAGCUUA